GUGUGAGUGUGUGUGUGUGUCAGACUGGCGAUGACGACGAAGAGGAGCAAGCGGGACGGCGAGUGAUGCCCCGGGCCAGAAGCACCGACUGGGGCGAGCUUCAGUGUCACCAGCCGUGACCCCAGUGUUUGAGGCCAAAUCUGGCUCCUAAAAAAACAUCAAAGGAAGCUUGCACCAAACACCCUUGAGGGCUGCCUCUGAAGCCUGCCAUCACCUGCUGUGUGACACAGAAUGGCACCCCCUGCUUGUGUGCUCUCCUCACUGCUACUGCUGGUGACCAUUGCAGUUUGCUUAUAUAUACACACCCAUGGCAUAAAAUCAUUGGUCAACAUCAUUGGUGAUCCAUGACAAGGCUGGGCUGGCCAGGCCCAUGUUGUGCCUGUAAGCAGUGCAGUGAAGGGAGGGCGUAUUCCAACGCAGUCAUUUUACCUAACUUGGAAACGACCAGAAUCAUGCGGGUGCCUCACACCUUCUCCAUGGCGGACUGCACUACCACCUGCUGUGACCUGUCCAGCUGUGACCUGGCCUGGUGGUUUGAGGGCCGCUGCUACCUGGUGAGCUGCCCACACAAAGAGAACUGUGAGCCCAAGAAGAUGGGCCCCAUCAGGUCUUAUCUCACUUUUGUCCUCAGGCCUGUCCAGAGGCCUGCACAGCUGCUAGACUAUGGGGAGAUGAUGCUGAACAGGGGUUCCCCCUCAGGGGCCUGGGGCGACUCACCUGAGGAUAUUAGAAAGGACUUGCCCUUUCUAGGCAAAGAGCGGGGCCUAGAGGAGAUGUCUGAGUACUCCGAUGACUACAGGGAGCCGGAGCAGGACCUCUUCCGUCCCAGGAGCAAGCAGGAGCCCAGAGGGAGCGCUGAGUACACCGACUGGGGUCUGCUGCCUGGCAGUGAGGGAGGCUUCAACUCCUCUGCUGGAGACAGCUCUGCAGUGCCAGUGGACCCGCAGCAGGACCCGGAACUCCAUAAACUGAAUGAGUCGGCUUGGAGCCCUGCCCCAGAACACUCUCCUGAGAGAAGCCCGUUGCUUCCCUUAGUGACUACUCCAUCUUCAGGAGAGGUACUGGGGAAAGAAGAGGCUUUUCAGCUCCAGGGACAAUCCAGCAACAGCUCUGGAAAAGAGGUUCUAAUGCCUUCCCGUAAUCCUCCUCCAGCCAGCCUGGAGUUCAGCCCAGCCACCGUGGAGGAAAGCCAAGUGCUCCCAGUCAGCCCGGGGAGCACAGAGCACAGCAUCCCAACACUUCCCACUAGCACUGUCCCCUCUGGGUCCACCCUAUCUGAGCGACCCAUAUCUCCUACUACUGCUCCCAGGACAGUGAAAGAACUUACGGUGUCUGCUGGAGAUAACCUAAUAAUAACUUUACCCAACAAUGAAGUUGAACUGAAGGCCUUUGUUGUGCCACCGCCACCUGCAGAAACAACCUACAGCUAUGAAUGGAGUUUAAUAAGCCACCCUGUAGACUACCACAGUGAAAUAAAACAAGGACAUAUGCAAACUCUUAACCUCUCUGAAUUGUCAGUAGGACUUUAUACCUUCAAAGUAGCUGUUUCUAGUGAAAAUGCCUUUGGAGAAGCAUUCAUCAACGUCACUGUUAAGCCAGCCAGAAGAGUCAACCAGCCACCCAUAGCAGUUGUUUCUCCCGAAAUACAAGAGCUCACUUUGCCUUUGACGUCAGCCCUCAUCAAUGGCAGCCAAAGCACAGAUGAUACUAAGAUAGUGAGUUAUUACUGGGAAGAAAUUACCGGGCCCUUCAUAGAAGAGAAGACCUCAGCUGACUCCCCUGUCCUGCACUUGUCUAACCUUAGUCCUGGCAACUAUACGUUCAGGUUGACCAUUACAGACUCAGAUGGAGCCACUAACUCUGCUACUGCAGCCAUAAUAGUCAACAAUGCUGUGGAUGACCCCCCAGUUGCCAAUGCGGGACCAAAUCAGACCAUAACUUUGCCCCAAAACUCCAUCACGUUGAAUGGAAAUCAGAGCAGCGAUGAUCACCAGAUUGUCCUCUAUGAGUGGUCCCUGGCCCCUGGGAGUGAAGGCAAAGAGGUGGCCAUGCAGGGAGUACAGACACCGUAUCUUCAUUUAUCUGCAAUGCAGGAAGGAGAUUAUGUGUUUCAGCUGAUGGUGACAGAUUCUUCAAGGCAACAAUCUACUGCAGUGGUCACUGUGACUGUCCAGCCUGAAAACAACAGGCCUCCAGUGGCAGUGGCUGGCCCUGAUAAGGAGCUGGUCUUCCCAGUGGACAGUGCCACCCUGGAUGGCAGCAGGAGCAGCGACGACCACGGCAUUGUCUUCUACCACUGGGAGCACGUCAGGGGCCCCAGUGCAGUGGAGAUGGAAAAUAUUGACAAAGCGAUAGCCACGGUGACUGGUCUUCAGGUGGGAACCUAUCACUUCCGUUUGACGGUGAAAGACCAGGAGGGACUGAGCAGCACGUCCACCCUCACCGUGGCCGUGAAGAAGGAAAAUAAUAGUCCUCCCAGAGCCCAGGCUGGUGGCAGACAUGUUCUUGUGCUUCCCAAUAAUUCCAUUACUUUGGAUGGUUCAAGGUCUACUGAUGACCAAGGAAUUGUGUCCUAUCUGUGGAUCCGAGACGGCCAGAGUCCAGCAGCUGGAGAUGUCAUCGAUGGCUCUGACCGCGGUGCAGCCCUGCAGCUUACAAAUCUGGUGGAGGGAGUGUACACUUUCCGCUUGCGAGUCACUGAUGGUCAGGGGGCCUCGGACACGGACAUUGCCACUGUGGAAGUGCAGCCAGACCCCAAGAAGAGUGGCCUGGUGGAGCUGAUCCUGCAGGUUGGCGUGGGGCAGCUGACAGAGCAGCAGAAGGACACCCUGGUGAGGCAGCUGGCGGUGCUGCUGAAUGUGCUGGACUCGGACAUUAAGGUGCAGAAGAUCCAGGCCCACUCUGACCUCAGCACCGUGAUUGUGUUUUAUGUGCAGAGUGGGCCGCCUUUCAAAGUUCUCAAAGCUGGUGAAGUGGCCCGAAAUCUGCACACACGGCUCUCGAAGGAGAAGCCUGACUUCUUGCUUUUCAAGGUCUUGAGGAUUGACACAGCAGGUUGCCUUCUGAAGUGUUCUGGCCAUGGUCAUUGUGACCCUAUCACAAAGCGCUGCAUUUGCUCUCAGUUGUGGAUGGAGAACCUCAUACAGCGUUAUAUCCAGGACGGGGAGAGCAACUGUGAGUGGAGUGUAUUCUACGUAGCAGUGUUGGCUUUUGUUCUUACUGUGCUAACAGGAGGUCUCACUUGGCUUUGCAUCUGCUGCUGCAAGAGACGAAAAAGGACUAAAAUAAGGAAAAAAACAAAGUAUACCAUCCUGGAUAACAUGGAUGAACAGGAAAGAAUGGAACUGAGGCCCAAAUACGGUAUCAAGCACCGAAGCACAGAGCACAACUCCAGCCUGAUGGUGUCCGAGUCGGAGUUUGACAGUGACCAGGACACAAUCUUCAGCCGAGAAAGGAUAGAGAGGGGAAACCCAAAGGUUUCCAUGAAUGGCUCUGUCAGAAAUGGAGCUUCCUUCAGUUAUUGCUCAAAGGACAGAUAAUGGAGCGGUCGGUCAUAAAACGCAAGGACCCCACGGGGAUCCUUGAUCCAGGACUGGUCAGUGGGGUUAAAACACAAAACUAACUCUAUUAGAAUAGCUCAUUUACGUCCUUCCACAGUGGCUGGGUGUGUCCCUACAUGUUAAAAGACCUGUUUU